AUGACUUCGAACCCCAAUCCUUUCUCCUACAACGACCAUUCCGGGGAUGAGCACGAAGACAUGGAGCAAAGUUCAGACUCCACUUUGGACAGCUUCUUAACAAGCCAUUCUGGCUUGGGUGUUGCCCCAUCACCACUUCGGCUGAGAAGCCCAGUUGUCAUUCCCCAGAGAUGCCCCGGAAACAAAGAACGCGGUUUCGUAGAGGCAUACGCGCCUGAUCUUCAGGCUUUUGGUAUUGAUCAAGAAACAUUCCUCGCACUCAUACGAUCUAUCAACAAAGCUGCCCAAGCGUCUAAAUGGCUCUAUGCCAUACAGGUGGCUGCUAUAGGCACCGGAUUCAUUCCCAAUCACAUCGCUCUAGGGGUUUCCACUGCCGUGCAGAUCGUCGCCGGGAUUGUCGCUAAGACGGAGACUCGAUGGAAAACCAACUCGUUCAUGGAUCGAGCAAAUAUCAGUUUCUUCCAGCCGCGAGGACUGUAUUGUCUCCUCAUGUCCUACAAUCCCAUCUCCUCCAGCAACAAAGAAAAGACUGACCCAGUGCAAGCCAUGUUGAAGCAUAAGUCGACAGCUGGAGCCUCGUCCAAGACCAGAAGAAACCUGCGAAAUCCUUCGGCUGGUGUGUCCCACGGCCAAGACGAUCUCCCCGACUCUGUUGCGACUCUUAUCUACCCAACCAUUGAGCGGACGACUCAGAACUCAUACAAGAAGAAAGCGGUGUUUGCCAAGCUGAACGACUAUUUUGAUCAGCGAGCUCAGGCACGCUACGUAGGCAGCAGCACUCUUACACAUUGCCCUUUAGUCUCGUUCGCUGACUCUAGAUUUACGCAGGCCUCUGAAAGUAAUGGAGACAUACUCUCCACCACACCGCAAAAGCCUUUCUCGAACCGCUUCCUUGACCCAAACCAUCCUGUCUCUAACGGUGGCUUACUUGGCCUCUUAUCUGGGGGCAAGCUGACACCAGACCUUCAAAAGCAAAAAGAAAGUAUGCGCUCUGCCAUGGCCGAUCAGGAACAGCUGAUUCGGGACCAACAGUCUGCCCAGAUGGCAAAUCUCAUCUCUAUGCUCCAAGGCAUGGAUCUUACGGCUGAAGAGCAGCAAGCCUAUAUCCAGCAAUAUGAGAGUGCAUACGAGAUACAACUGCAACAGCUUCAGGAUCAGUCUGAGCUGUUAGAGAACGGACAGCGUCGAAUUAAUCGUAACAUUCUCUAUUUAAUGAUUGUCAACCUACCUUCACCUGAAGAGAUGGAAGCGGCUCAGAACGGUAGAUCGGUCACGGAUCUUGGAAAUAAUGGCAACGGCGUGACAAUUGCAAGUGUGGAUGUAGAGUAG